UCUGGAUAUCUCCAAGGGCCAUAAACCACAGGCAGGAUCCUGUUAAGCUUUCCUUUCCUGUAUAAACAGCAGAUAGGACGUCUGCAGGAGGACACUGCUCGGUAUCUGUUCGAGUUAUCAUUGCAUAUUCCUGAGCCUGUGAAGUUAAUUCUAGGCCUUCACAAACCCACCAUCCAAGACUGACAGAGAAGCAAGAAGGCAGACCAACUGAGCAGCCAAAGGAGCCAUUCUCGUGGAGAGGUAGUGACACCUCCAAUGUUGGAACGCAAGGAGAAUACAGUUUCAAGCUCCCCCAUGGCCAUGGCUGUGGAUUUUAGAACUUAUGUGGAUCAGGCAUGCAGAGCUGCUGAGGAAUUUGUCAAUAUUUACUAUGAGACAAUGGACAAAAGAAGACAUGCAAUUGUCAGGCUGUAUUUGGACAAGGCCACUCUAAUCUGGAAUGGAAAUGUUGUUACAGGGCUGGAAGCCCUUACUAAUUUUUUUGAGAUGUUGCCUUCCAGUGAGUUCCAGAUCAAUAUGUUGGACUGCCAACCAGUUCAUGAGCAAGCUACCCAGUCGCAGACUACAGUUCUCGUUGUGACCAGUGGAGCUGUGAAGUUUGACGGAAACAAACAACACUUCUUCAACCAGAACUUCCUGCUGACUGCACACAGCACUCCUAACAACACUGUGUGGAAGAUCGCAAGUGACUGCUUCCGCUUUCAGGAUUGGGCUAGCACUUAAAGGAGCAAAAGCCCAUUCUCUACAUCCAUUAAUUCCAGUAGGAGAAGUUUAAUGUGGGUGAAUAUAUUUCAUUGCAUAAGUACUAUAUACCAGUAUGUGCUGAAACAAAAUGCAUGUAAUAUGUUUUUUAUUCCUAGCAGCACUUUUGCUAGAGCAGUUGCCAGUUUGGAUUAUUGCCCCUAACAACUUUAAAGAUAGUUUUUUACGUGCCUUAUGUAUACGUUCCACUACUGGUGCUCUUGGGAUAAUAUUAAACAUGAUCCAGGUACUAAGAUACUCACUGUGAA